ACAAGCGCGCAUUACGCCGUGAGCGGUCGCGUUCUCUGGUUCAUACAUACGAUUUAUUUAGCUAUUUCGUUAUCUUAAUACAAUAAACACUACUUCAAACAAUACCGUGAUGUUUGUGCACUGAAAUAUUUAUUCUAGAUUCAACUGUGAUUAUAAAUUACAUAAUAAUGAGAAAUUCAUUGUUGUUAACGAUUUUUUGUUGGUUCGUCGUACAAGAAUCGAUACAAAAAUCGAGUCCAGAAGACGACAGCUAUGUGGCGGCGGUGGUAGAGUUCAAGCUCACCAGUGAUUCUUCUGUGGCCUUGAAAGAAUACGUUCAGUAUAUAAAGAAUGCAGCUGAACAAAAUGCAGAUAUCAUAGUGUUUCCUGAAAUGACGCUAGUUAGAAAGUUGGAAGUCGUGAAAGUACCAUUCCAUGGACUAUUGCGAGAGUAUCCCAUACCAGCUCUACAUCCCGAGUUGUAUGAUGAGCCUAUUGUAGCUAUAUCGAAAGCAGCCAGGGACAAUAAGAUAUACGUAGUGAUCAACGUACAAGAAGAAAUGGAUUGCAAUAAUGCGCCUGGAGAGUUUUGUCCCAAGAAAAAACUUUACAUAUUCAAUACUAACGUGGUAUUCGAUCGCAAUGGUGCUGUUAUUGACAGAUACCGCAAAAUCAAUUUAUUUGGCGAGUGGACGCGUUACCCGGCCUUGAAGCCUGAACUGGGCCUAUUUGAUACAGACUUUGGAGUACGCUUCGGUCACUUCAUUUGUUUUGACCUCAUGUUCCAAGUUCCGGCUGUUCAAAUUGUAGAAAAGAAUAAUAUUACAAAUGUAAUUUUAUCCACUAUGUGGUUCUCCGAGAUGCCUUAUUUAACAGCUGUGCAGAUUCAAGAGUCGUACGCUUACAGUAUGAAUGUGAACUUCCUCGCAAGUGGAGCCAAUAAUAUAGCCGUUGGUACUGCUGGAUCGGGUAUAUACUCCGGGAGAGCAGGUGCGUUAAUCAGUGUAAUGCCAGGAGUGCCGACUACACGGCUACUCGUUGCCAGAGUACCCAAAGUGCCAGGAAAGAUAUCAGGUAAAUAUCCUGGUCCGAUCUUCGACAACCCCGCCGAAACCGAUUCUUUGUUACUGAUCAAGGACCCGUCAUUACUUAAACGUGUAUCGAAGAUUAUGACUCCAGGUUUCCAAGAGAUCAAUCUCGUAGAUAAAGAAGUGAGCUGCAAAAUUACAGCAAGAAUCAGUCAAAGAAAAGGAGAAACUGCACAUUAUUACCGUGCGUUUAUACAAGACAGAAGUAACACCUACGCGAAACGAAAGAUCGGCGUAGCGGCCUGUGCGGUCGUCGCCUGCAAGGACAACGAUAUAAAUAGCUGCCCAUAUAGGUUUACGAAAGACGAAAUGAAUGUUGAAUUUGAAGAGUUACGCAUAGAGAUGACCACGUACCGGCAUCAUUACAACAAAUCUUUGAACUGCGACGACGUAGUUUACUUUCCAAUUUCUCUACGCAACAACAAAUUUCCACUCAGCCCUGUAAACUUUACGUUUGUCGAUUCGUCUCAAAAGGGAUGGGAACAAAAUAAUUUCGGAAGAGGACGUAUCACCUAUGAAUUGAAAUCGAGACAAAAUGAACUGAUUUCCUUCGGUAUAUGGGGAAGAAUUUAUAAUAAAGACGUAAAUGCGAUAAGAGAUAUUAGUGAUGAAGAUCGGAAAAAAUAUAUCGAAAUUGAGAAUACCAUAUACAAUGCACCAAAUAUAAUUUAAAAAAUGUUUACAGAGCACGUUACAUACGGUGAAGAUGCUGAUUACAGCAUAUUUAAUAUCUUGAGAUGAACUAUUAAGUUCAUCUCAAGAUAUUAAAUAUCGUUCGUUACACAUAUAAUUAAAUGAGCCAAUAUAUAUGGCAAAAGAAAAUAUUAUAUUUUCAUUGUAUUGUAUCUAAAAUAUUAAGUAAUAGAUAAUAUCGUGACAUACAAAAGAUGCGCAUAAAGGCAGGCGCAAUACUAGCAUUUCAUGUACAGUGAACGCUCUAUAUAAGCAACAUCUCUAUAAGCAACAUUCUUUAUAUUUUUUUUAUUCUGUUCAGCUUAGUUAGUAAAAGAAAUAAGUAAAAAUAUUUUUCAGACGGUAAAGUAUUUAUUCCUUUUUCUUCUAUAAGCAACUUUUUCCAAUACGAAGUUUUUUUUUAUUGAAAUUGGUUACUUAAAAAAAUUUGUUGUUUAUAUAUAGAGCGUUCACUGUAUUAACGUAUCUUACUCAUGUUGAAAUGAUAGUAUUUUUUUAAUUAAAAAUAUUAUAACGAAAUAUAGAAUCUUCACCGUAUAUGACGUCGUUAAGGGAGUAGCUUAGAACUUACU